CUUUUGCAUAACGCAUAACGCAUAAUGCAUAAGGAAAUGAGCCAAUCAGAAUCUCUUAUUUUUAUCCCCACUCUUCGUUCCGAGGAGCUUGCAUUGUGCAUAAAACAUAAUGCAUAAGGGGUCGAAAAAUACGUAAAGCGGGAAGCACACACUUUUGCAUAAGCGCAUAACCAUAAACAUAAAGAAAUUGAUUGGUCCACAAAUGUAUGCAUAAGAAAAUGAACCAAUCAAUUUUCUUAUGUUUAUUAUUAUGCGUUUAUGCAAAAGUGUGUGCUCCCCGCUUAAGAAUGAAUUUUUAUGGUUAUGGAUUGUGCGAAGAGACGUGUUGCGUGAUGCGUACUACAUACAACAAACUACGUUUCCAACCUUUCUAUCCUUUUCGGAAUAUUCUAUGAAGGUAUGUUUAAAUGUUUUUUAUUAAUAUUAGAUAAAAUUCUUUAACUAUCAUAAAAUUAUUUUUUUUUGUUAUUAAAUCAUAUCUGUAUUUAAUGUUGAUAGGAAAAUGGAUCAUGAUUCAUAUUAUUAUGCUUCGUCAUAUCAAGACGAGGACGAAGAUUUUGAUUAUGGGAGCAAAAAUAAAAUGAGCGGAGAUGCUUUGCUGAUCUCUUUAGUUCGUGACCAUCCUUAUUUAUAUAAUAAGGAGUUGACUGAUUUUAAAGAUAGCCUCAAAAAACAGAAUGCUUGGGUAGAAAUAGCAAGUGUCAUGGGUAUGACAGUGGAAGAUUGUCAAUGUAGAUGGAUGCGACUGAGGGAACGCUAUUCACGUGAAAAAAAACAACAACAAGAAAAAACAACCACCGGAAGUGGAGCAUCAAAAAGAAAAACAUUUGAAUUUUUUGACAAUAUGCAAUUCCUAGAACGAUUUGUUAAAAGGAGAAAAACGAUGACCAACAUAUACAACAUGCAAAACAAAAGUGUAUCUCCGUUAAUAGGAUCUUCCAAUCUACAAAAAAAUUUUGGCUCACACGAUGAAAAAGAAAAUAUUUCAUCUUCUCUAAAUGUGGCUACUUUAAAUAAACUACCAUUAACAAAAAGCAUCGUAGAUUUAACAAGUGACAGCGCGCAGCAUAUAGGUAAUGACUCUUUAAGUUCGGAUUUGCACUUAAAUGUAUCUGGCAGCUCUUCUACAUCUGCAGUAAGUGUCUCUGGAUAUACGCGGGACAAAGAUUUAAUUGGAAAACGGAUAAAGUCAAAAAGAAAAUCCCACGCAGAUGUUCUAGAAAAUACCAUUGGUAAAGUUAUUUCUUUAUUAUUAUUAUUUAUAGAGGACAGAUGUAUUCCAGUUUUUUUAUUGCCAUCAUCUCUAAAGCCGGAAAUGGAAGAAGAUAUGGCAUUUUGUCAAUUAAUACUUUCAUUAUUUAUCAAUAUGCCCCAAUAUACAAAGGCAGACAAAAAAAAGAAAUGUUGCGUAUUUUAUUUGAUAUUUAAUUGUUAUAUCUUAUAUGACAUUCUACUUUUUUUAUAUGAUAUAUAAUUAUUAGUGAUAUAUAAGUUAAAUAUUUUAAUGCAACAUGUGAUAAUUAUGGUACGUCAAAUUUAAGUUAAUUUUUAUAAUGCAACAUGUGAUAAAUAGUGAUAAUGUUAAGUUAUUUUUUUAUGUAACAUGUGAUAAUUAAUGAUACGUUUUUUUUUAUUUUUAUGUAACAUGCAAUUAUUACUGAUAAGAUAUAUUAAUUUUUAAUGCAAUAUAUGUGAUAAUUAAUAAUGUGAUAAUACAUGUUAUGUUUAUUUCUUUUAUGCAAUAUGUAACGAGUGACACAAAAUGUUAUAUUUAUUUUUUUUUAUGCAAUGUAAUAAAUCGUUUUAUUAUAACAUAAGCAUAUGUUUACAUAAAUAUAUAUAUUUAAUUUUCAA